AAUCUCUCUCUCCCACUCUCACACACUCACAGGACAGAAUUGGCACUUUCAAAAUACACCUGAAGGGAAAUCCUUCCAGCUGAACUCCUCCUCACCUACACACAGCUGCACUCCUUUUAAACAAGACUACGUCCAGCUGAUGUCUGAGUGCAGCGGCAGCAUUAAGAGUGUGAAGAAGGUUUCUAUGAUCCUGGAUGAUGAGGAACAGCAGGAGGAACAAGGCCUCACUGCCCUCAACACUGCAGACAAACAGUCAGGAGUGAUUGAGCGCUGGGAGCUGCUGCAGGCUCAAGCAGUGAGUAAAGAGCAGUGCAGCACCAGAGACCCCCAGCAGCUGACCUCUGACCUGCAUGACAUCUCUUCCUGGCUGGAUCAUGUCACCCCUGAGCUGGACAGACUGCAGAAGCCUGAGACAUCCGUCAGUGUCGAGAUCUUAGAAGAGAGGGUCAAACAACUUAAAGAAAUGCAGAAGACAUUUGCUUGCUAUAAGACCAUGAUGCUGUCUCUGAACCUGGGUGGGCGAGAGCUGCAGCAGGGGGCUACAGGAGGAGCACCUGAGCUUCAGGAGGGUCUGCGCAGCAUGAAUCGCCGCUGGACAGAGGCUUGUGCGGGACUAGAGGGAUGGGAGGACAGUCUGCGCACCACCUUAGGACGCUGUCAGGAGUUCCACGAGAUGGUCCACUCUCAACUGCUAUGGCUGGCCCAUGCAGAGAGCAGACGCUACACAGUGAACCUGAACGACCCUUCUGUGCAGCCCUCCAUGCUUCAGGAACACAAGAACACGCUGAAGAAUCUGGCAGAGGAGCUGCAGGGCAGGCAGAAGCAAGUGAGCUCCCUGCAGGCGAUCGUCUCCGAGCUGCUUCCUGAGGCUGGUGGGGAGGACAGUGCUGAAGCUAGGGAAAAACUCCAUGUUAUUGGAAGCAAACUACAACUACUGUCACGUCAAGUCGACCAGGAUCGCCAGACGAUUCAGGAGAGAUUAGAGUCCACGACUGAUGCUUCGGGAGACAGGAAAUCCACACAAUGCUCUCGGCCAAAGCGUGACCCAUCACCUCAGCGUUCGUUCUUCUAUCGGGUCCUGCGAGCGGCUUUCCCUCUGCAUCUCCUGUUCCUCCUGCUGUUGGUUCUGGCCUGCUUGGUGCCUCUUUCUGAAGACGAUUACAGCUGCACCUUUUCCAACAAUUUUGCCCGCUCUUUCCACCCCAUGUUACACUACACCAAUGGUCCUCCCCCCACAUGAGUCUCUCAGCACCUCACUUUUGUCCAACCAAUAUUUGAAUGGUUGUAUUGAUGUUUUACUAUUUAUUCCCCUUUGAGAGCCAUACUACUGAUAAUUUUGUUGUUAAUGUUAGUUGGAUGUGAUCAAAAAAAAUGUGUCCCUUUUUUUGUCACAAUGCUGUAAAGAAAAACGUCAAUCAUUGUAUUAGCUUGAAUGUAAAUCACUGAUCAUUUUUUAAAAUUUUUCUAGAUUUAAGCACAUCACGCACUGAUGAAAAA